UUCAUUGCAGAUAUUAUUCAUGGAAAGCUGUUUCAGAAUAAUCGCUUUCUGGAAAUCGAUUAUGCCCAGGGUCGUGAUAUACCACCCGGUUAUACUACAAAGAUUGCUAAAACCCUACAGGAUUGGGUCGAUUCAUGUGAUGCCAUUUCCAAUUGCAUUGUCGAACAGAUAAAACAUGCAAAUGCCGAGAAAUCAAAGAAAUUGGAUAACAAAAAACAAAUCGAACAAAAGAUAAUUAAUUUGAAGAAAGUUUUCAAAACUCAAAUUAACGACAACGAUGAUGCCAUGCAAAUCGAUUUACGGGAAACAACCUCAUCCACUAGCCAGGAGGCAGCGCGCAAGAAAAGUUCCAAAGUUAAGCCAUCACGAUCUGCGGUUUAAAAGGAUUGCCAUGACUUGGUGCGGAAUACUACGACUGU